AGCGCCUCUCGCUGCCUUAUCAGCGGUCAUGGAGCUGAGCGUUGGUUUCUUGGACUAUGUGGUGCGCACGCUGGAGGAGCACCUGACAAAGCCCGUUCUGGCUUCUUGGGUGACAGCAGAGCUGGAGACGGUGAGAGAGUGCGCCGUAAAGAUUUGCCGUGCCACAAGCCAUGAUGCGGAGUGGUCCCAGACGAUCUUCUGUGUGGCUGACAUGCUAACGUCCAUCCGUGUCAUGGUGGAGAGCUCUGCAGCUGCCAGUGUGGUCCCUUGCAGGCUUUUGGCUGGGCGCCAUGGUGGUGACCUUGACUUGGUGGUGGAGACGUCCAUGCUGACGACAGCUUGGGAUGCGUCUCAGAAGUCGCAGACUGGGGCGCUGCGCUUCCACCAGGAGCUCAACUGCUCAGUCAAGGUGCUCCAGAGGGUGCGGGCAAUGCUGGCGCCUCCGCCUGACUCUGGCCUGGACACGUUUCUGGUGAGUGCCAUCGGGCUUUACCGGGCUAUGAGUGUCUAUGCGUUUGCCUUGUCAGUGAGAAGCGCUGAUGAGUUCGAAGCGGGGUGGCGCUAA